AUGCUCAGCUUCCACCCGCAGUACUGGUCGCUCAUUGCGCUUCUGCUCGCUAUUGUUCACCCUUCCGCAUCCCACCCAAUUCGCCCCCCCAAAUGGAUUAAGAAAGACCAAUUCUCGGACGCAGCAGCGCGAGGAACAUGGAAGGUCUUUGAGAAUCAUGGAUACGAUUAUGAGCCUGCACUACCGCAGACUAAGUCUAUAGAGACACUCUCUAAUACCCAUGACGAAAGCACAAUUGAGCGAGGGCCUCCAGGACGCCUCUAUAAACGCGAUUCAUCGUAUGGGAAGUCAGUUGUUUCGGUCCUAGUGCCCGUGGCGCCAGACUUUUUACCACGCCCGCCACAGCCUCAACACCACCGCUACGAUGCAAACGGCAAGCCUCAAGAACCAUCUUCCGAAGUGAAAACCUAUGCCAAUAAUAAGAAUCACUAUGGAGAAGUUAUGAGCCAUUCACAACCCCACGGCGAAAAACAGACAAGUCACACAACAGCAUUCUCUUCUGCGACAUUGAAAUUGGCAUCCGGCUAUUCCAUCUCGUUCUUCUCUUACCGAAUCUCACUGCCUUUCUUGAAAUUCGCACCUGCCAACUUCCCGCAAUAUCCACUUCCGGGAAUAUUUACAACAGUCAUGGUCCUUCUUGCUAUGGUAUGGAUUGCGAUUUUCAUGAUCGGGCUGGUGGAACUGGGCAACUAUCUAUGGAAACGAAGGGCCGCGAGACAAGCCGAACGGGAUGAAUAUAUAAGGGAGUCAUCAUUUGAUGAGCCGGAAGAAUUGAUUAAAUUGCCGAUGAGAGUUAUGGUCAUCCCUAGACCUGACGCGGAUCAUGAUGAAGAGGCUGCUUUGCUGUCAAUUGGAUCCGAAUCGGACUCUUCAUCAGACUCUGAGAGGGAUGACUAUCGGUUUUGA